AAAUGUCCACAACCUCAAUUCACAUUUCACACCAACUUCUUCUUCUCCUUCCCCAUCUCACAUUUGUCGUGCAAAAUCAAACGGGGCUUCCACCACCCUUUCACCUACUCAACACCCUCUUCCCCCCACCUCCGCCGCCGCAGCUCGUAUUUUUUCUCUAUUCAAUUUUCUUAUUCUCUUUCUUGCUAACGCAGCCGCAUCACCAUUUCAACCUCCUCAAAUAGGAAUCCUAUCCGAUAAUCUCCUCUUUUUUUCCGAUCGGAUUCGGUUACUUACUUUUACUCUCAUCUUGCAAGGAUCUACGGCUAUUUCCCUCUUUUAUCAAGUGUAUAAAUUCAUAUCACAGAAUGAAGAGGUCGUCAUACUAUAAUGCAGUUCCUCAGGUGCCAGAUCAGUGGCCAAUCAAAAAAGCACUCACCCUCUCUGAUAUUGAUAUCACCCAUCCUUUCCUAACGCUGUCUCGGCAACAAGUUGAAACUAACAUCGUUGUGUACAUGACACCUCAAGAUCAGGAAAUCUUAAGAGCUGAAGGACAAGUGGGUUUUAAUGCUCAAGAUGAUGAUAAUGGCGAUAUGUAUGCGAUGAGAUUGAAGUGGCGUGGGAGCUAUUAUAAUCUCAUUGGGAAAUGGGGAAAAGUUGUCCGUGGAAAGGGACUUGAUGUUGGGCAGGAAAUUAGACUACGGUGGUUUAAUGGCUGCUUACAUUUCUCGGUGCCACAACAGCAGAUUGUUCCAGUUCCACCGCCAGUCCGCUUGGUUGCAGCACCACCUAUGGUGCAGGACCAUUGGCCUAUUAGAAAGAUCUUGACAUCGUCAGAUGUUGAUACCACUCAUCCUUUCCUUCCAUUGCCUCGUAAGUUAGUUGAAGAGCAUAUUCUUGCACAGUGGACGCCACAAGAAAGGGAAAAAUUGAGGAAAGAAGAGCAGGUGCCUAUUAAUGUUCGAGACUAUGAUACAGGUGAAAUUUAUGGGUUGAAAUUAAGGUGGCGUGGAAAUUACUAUAACCUAGUUGCAAAGUGGGCUAAUGUUAUUAGACAUAAAGGACUUGGUGUUGGGCAAGAAAUCAGAUUACGCUGGGUUAAUAAUUGCUUAUACUUCUCUGUUCCAGAGGAGUGUUAUGUCACUGCAACACCGGGUCCGGAUAAUUGGCCUAUUAAGAAAGCUCUCACAUUGUCCGAUGUGGAUACAAAUCAUCCUUUCCUUACUUUGCCAGGCAAAGCAGUAGAAGAUCACAUCCUCUUCUACUGGACACACCAAUCUCGGGAGCAAUUAAGGAAUGAACAUCAAGUUGGCAUCAAUGCUCGAGAUUAUGAUACAGGUGAUGUGUAUGUGAUGAAGUUGAAGUGGCGUGGAAGUUAUUACAACCUGAUUGGUAAAUGGGGUAAACUCAUAAGAGAGAAAAGACUGCAAGUAGGGAGGGAGAUCAGAGUACGAUGGGACAACGGUUUCUUGGUAUUCUCAGUUCCCGAGCUAUAGGGUCGUUUCUUUUAGAUGUAGGUUGAUAUGAUCAAGGUGGUAGUUUUACUGGGACAAGAAGUUUCAACUUGGUUACAAUUCAUUUAAAUUGUUUGUGGAUAGAGUGAGCAAGCACACUGAUGGCUGACAGCCAAAUAUCUUCAAUUGAAGAGAGCGAUUAAGAUCAUUGUUGCUAUGUACAUACGGAAGAUUCUCAGUUAUGUGGUGUUUGUUCUUUGAAGUUGAGCAUUUUCUUGUGCCAUUCUCUCUUCGGAUUGAGACUGCCUCAGCUGAUACCAUCGGAAAAGUUGUGGCAAGAGAAGGAUCUCUCCGGUGAUAUAUAUCCUUUUCCUCUGAUGAAAUGCAUUAGAGUGUGAUACCUAGUGUUAAUCCAAUCAAGUAGUACAAACAUAUUAUCUACAUUAUUAAAUUGAAAUUGGUCUUCUUGUA